GCACACGUAGCUUGACGGCUGGAUUAGCGCCGGCACUAUCAAUGUCUGGGGUUCAUCGUUCGAUAACAGCUCGCUCUUUUCUCUCCCGAGUCCGAGUUCCAUCCCCCCAUACACAUCCAUACAACGUCAGGCAGAUGCUCGCCUUCAAGAACGCGUCGGGAAAGCGAAUCCGGACCAAGCCUUUUGUCUCCUCGAGGUCGAGGCAUGGCAACAUCCCUGCUGUCUUGCUGACACUUUGAAAACCGGGACCCUGCGGCUGGCUCCCCAUCACUUCUUGAUCCUAAUGUAUACAUGCGUCAGAGCUAAUUUGUACCUCUCGGGCCAUCUCAUGCCCUUAUAACGCGGUCUGUACGCUCAUCUCCUUUUCUCCUUGUCCUCGGUACCAGGUCCAUUGCCACUCUUUUCUUGAGCCUGUUCCGUGGACUACGCGUUCUGACUUAUCAUGCCUUUUGUUCACCAGUCGUGUCUCGUCUGUACGCGUCCCACUUCGAUGUGGUGCGGGAGGUGCCAUGCCGCCUGGUACUGCAGUCCUGAGCACUCGCACCAGGACUGGCUUCGCCAUAGGGAAGAGUGCAUCCCCUUGGAGUACCAGACCAUGUACAACGCGUCCCCUUCUGCACCCGUUGUUGCGAGCUUCUCGGACCCACCUCCGAACGACGUGGUCUUCGCCAUCCUCUUCCUCCCAGAAGAAGAGCGCCCCCGCAUGGUACGGAUUGCCUGCUCGGAGCCCAACAAGGCCUUCGGGGGCACCUGCCCCAUACCGCUCCUUGACCGCUACUUCCUCGCCGAAGAGCCCGACACCAUCGUCCUCACCCAGGGCCUCAACGGCGAGACGCUGCGCUACCCGAUGCACAUCUGGUUCUCCCCGCACAGCCUUCAGAAGGGCGCGCCCGUCAACCGCGCGAUCUUUCACAUCACGUCGGGCGCGGCGCCCAAGGCGUGGUGCGGGCCCGUCGUCGCGUUCAAGUUCAACGGCUCGCGACGGCAUGGGUACACGGACGCGGGCUCGAACGACCUGCCGGCGUUGUCGGCGUACUUCCUGGCGUACGAGUGAUCUCGUCGUCGUCGUUUCUGCAGAACGAGAUCUCCCGCUCUGCCGGCAAUCUUCGUCUCAUUUGCCGGUCUUCUGGCACCGGUUUUCUGCGCCCGCUCGCUUCAUAUAUUUGAUUCAUUCAACAUAGCAUAGUAUCAGUCGACCGUACUCCAUGGGUUUAAUAAUUGCGCCAAGGUGAACAAUGGCUUUUGUGUUCCCUUCCUGAUCUCAG